AUGCAUGGCUCUAGAGAUUGUAGAACAACAAUUACUGCUGAAGAUUUGUUAGCUACUAUGCAAAAAUUGGGCUUUGAUGACUAUGCUCGGUAUUCCUUCCGCUACAUCCAACUUUUUCGUCAUGGUGCUCGUGUAGGUCAAUAUGCUCCCCCACCUCCACCUCCACCACCGCCGCCACAGGAUUUUCAAGCUCAUAAUUUUCCAUUGGAUCCGAAUUUCAUGUUUGCCGACCCAACAGAAAUGGGUGCAAUUUUAGGAGAUGGUGAUGAUGAAAGAGAACUUGGUGGUGGUGGUGGUGAUGGCAACUCAAGUGAUGGAAGCUUUGAUGUUUUUGCUUUUCUUAAUAGUGAUGACUGAUAUCACUUCUUUGAUAAUAUAUAAGUGAGGUACAUGACAGUAUUGGUAAGAGAAUGCUAGA